GGGUAAAAUUCCAUUCAGAUAACAAAAUGCAGUAUUCCCACCACUGUGAGCACCUUUUAGAGAGACUGAACAAACAACGGGAAGCAGGCUUUCUUUGUGACUGCACUGUAGUGAUUGGGGAAUUCCAGUUUAAAGCUCAUAGGAAUGUGCUUGCCUCCUUUAGCGAGUAUUUUGGUGCGAUCUACAGAAACACUUCCGAGAACAAUGUCUUUCUUGAUCAGAGUCAGGUGAAAGCGGAUGGAUUUCAGAAAUUACUGGAAUUUAUAUACACGGGAACUUUAAAUCUUGACAGUUGGAAUGUUAAAGAAAUCCACCAAGCUGCUGACUAUCUCAAAGUAGAAGAGGUGGUCACUAAAUGUAAAAUAAAGAUGGAAGAUUUUGCUUUUAUUGCUAAUCCGUCUUCUACAGAGAUCUCUAGUAUUACUGGGAACAUUGAAUUGAAUCAGCAGACUUGUCUACUUACUCUGCGCGAUUAUAACAGUCGGGAGAAAUCAGAAGGAUCCACUACAGACCUAGUUCAGGCAAACUCUAAACAAGGAGCUUUGGGAAGGAAGUCUUCUCAAAGUAAGAAGAAGAAGAAGGCUUUGAACGCUCAGAAAACAGAGCAGAAUAAAAUGGUGCAAUAUCCCAGUGACAUUUUAGAGAACGCAUCUGUUGAAUUAUUCCUAGACGCAAAUAAGUUAUCUACACCCAUACCAGAACAGGUUGCACAAAGAAAUGAUCAUUCAGAACUCGAGUUGACAUCAGUUGUAGAGAAUACUUUUCCAGCACAAGAUAAUGGACAGACUGUCACUGUGAAACGGAAACGUGGAAAAUCCCAGCCACACUGUGCGCUGAAAGAACACUCUAUGUCCAAUAUAGCCAGUGUUAAGAAUCCUUUCGAGCUGGAGAGCUCUGGGGAGGAGCUGGAUCAAAGGUAUCCCAAGGCCAAGCCGAUGUGUAACACGUGUGGGAAAGUGUUUUCAGAAGCCAGCAGUUUGAGAAGACACAUGAGAAUCCAUAAAGGAGUCAAACCUUAUGUCUGCCACUUGUGUGGAAAGGCAUUUACCCAGUGCAACCAGCUGAAAACACAUGUAAGAACACAUACAGGUGAGAAGCCAUAUAAAUGUGAAUUAUGUGAUAAAGGAUUUGCUCAGAAAUGCCAGCUUGUCUUCCAUAGUCGCAUGCAUCAUGGUGAGGAAAAACCCUAUAAAUGUGAUGUAUGCAAUUUACAAUUUGCAACUUCUAGCAAUCUCAAGAUUCAUGCCAGGAAGCACAGUGGGGAGAAGCCGUAUGUGUGUGACAGAUGUGGACAGAGGUUUGCCCAGGCCAGCACGCUGACCUAUCACGUCCGGAGGCAUACUGGAGAAAAGCCCUACGUCUGUGACACCUGCGGCAAGGCCUUCGCUGUCUCGAGUUCCCUUAUCACACACUCUCGAAAGCAUACAGGUGAAAAGCCAUACAUAUGUGGUAUUUGUGGGAAAAGUUUUAUCUCCUCAGGAGAGCUCAACAAACACUUUCGAUCCCAUACAGGAGAACGACCAUUUAUCUGUGAAUUAUGUGGAAAUUCUUACACAGAUAUUAAAAAUUUAAAGAAGCACAAAACAAAAGUCCAUUCUGGUGCAGACAAAACUCUGGAUUCCAGUGUAGAGGACCAUAAUUUGAGUGAACAAGAUUCCAUACAGAAAAGUCCUUUUUCAGAAAGUAUGGAUGUGAAGCCUUCUGAGAUGACCUUACCACUCUCUCUUCCUCUUGGGACUGAGGACCACCAUAUGCUUCUGCCCGUCACAGAUAGUCAGUCUCCUCCGUCGGAUUCUUUGCUGAGGUCAGCUGUGAAUGGUUAUUCAGAGCCACAGUUGAUUUUUUUACAACAGUUAUACUGACUUUAUGAAGAACAUGGAAUUGCUUCGAUAUCUCUAAGAGUAAAUACAUUUCUGGUAAAGGACUCGAUUCAUAUUAAAUUUCCAUUCACUUGAGUUGUGACUAUUAUUUUUUCACUCACCUGAAGUAAAGCACUUGAUGCCGC